UGGCUAAAAUUAUGCCUCAACAUAUUUUAAGAGCUGUGUUGGUAUCAUGUGUGGAUGCUAUAACCUACAAAGUUAGUGAAAAGUUGGUUGAUACAUUACAUUAGAAAACGCAAGCCAUGUCUAAAACACCUGGCUUUGAUGCACAUAAUGAUGGGCCUGGAUUUGUUGGUAUUCGAUUUUGCCAGGAAUGCAAUAAUAUGUUGUAUCCGAAGGAGGAUAAAGAAAAUAAAGUGCUGCUGUAUGCGUGUCGGAAUUGUGAAUAUAAACAGCUAGCUGACAGCAAUUGCAUUUAUGUCAACAAAAUUAUGCACGAAAUUGAUGAAUUGACACAUAUUGUGUCAGAUGUAAUCUCUGAUCCCACCUUGCCUCGGAGUGAGGAUCAUCCUUGCCCAAAGUGCAAUCACAGAGAGGCCGUAUUCUUCCAGGCACAGACACGACGAGCUGAAGAAGAGAUGAGACUUUACUAUGUGUGCACCAAUGCACACUGUGCACACCGAUGGACAGAAUAAGCAGCACAUGUGGGGUUCAUGUAUGUUUUAAUAUCUGACUCAAGAAGAGGUUGAAUGAAGAUGUUUUUCCCCUUGUGGAGGGGAAGAGGAAUGUGAUUUUGGUACAAGCUGACUAGUACAAUAUUGUAACUUGAUGUCAAUACAGACAUUCAUUCUCUUUGCUCUUGCAGGCUUACAUUAUUUUAUUAAUUAUUCAUUCAUGGCAGUUUAAACAGCGAUGCCUUUAGGUGUGCAUGCACUUGUGUGUGAAACUGAAAAACUGUCCAAUCACCAUAUUUCUGAUUGUAUCCUUAUGUGAUAAAAAUUUGUACAAAUUCAAUUGUAUGAUCUUCAACUUUUGUUUAUAAUUUAAAUAAAUUAAUAUGCAAGUUUCCUACA